AUGUGGUGGAAAAAGGCUUGCAACACCGAGCAACCAGGCAACUCUGUGCCCAGACCAAGCAAGGAGCAACAUUCAGUCUCCUGCACAGUGGAGCCUCCCCAAGGUCGUGGCGACGACACGGCACUAAAUGGGAUUAGGCUGCACUGCGCGCUCAGGAACGCCCUAGGAAAUGCACACGCGACAGAGUCCAAGUCUGGAAGGUGGGGCGAGUGGAAUGAGCCAUCGUGGUGUCCCGGCAGCAGCUUCCUGGUGGCUUUCUCGCUUCGCGUGGAACCACCUAUCAGGAAAGGUGAUGACACAGCAGCGAACAACGUGCGCUUCCGCUGUUCAGACGGCAAGGAACUGGAGGGGCCUGGGCUGAGCUGGGGAGACUUUGGAGACUGGAGUCCCCCUUGCCCCAAGGGUGUGUGUGGCCUGCAGACCAAGAUCGAGGGGCCUUUGGGCUCCGGCGAUGACAUUGCACUGAACGACGCGCUCUUUUUCUGCUGCCGCAGUUGAAAGGCGCACGCAGCUGCAUCUCUCUUCUGGGCCGGGAGGCUAGUCCCACCUCCUGCUAUUAAAGCUUCUCCAAGCUGA